AAAAACACAAAAGAACUGAGUGAAUCAACUAAAGGGUAAUUCCGGUAUUUCAGGAAAGUUUUAAGGACGACCCCUACUAAUGGAUAAAGUAGAAACCCUAGUUUGAAUUUUCACGGCCGACCUCUCUCUCUCAUCUACUAAGCUCUCCUCCGAGUAUUGUUGGCUUCAGACCAAAUCUUCUCCGGCGCUGUAGCGUUUCCCCCGGUACGGAUUCAUUCACCUCUCUCUCUCUAUCGCUCUCCCUCUCUCUAUCUCUAUCUAUCUGUUGUUUUCUCUGAAUUUGGUUUCCGUGUUCUUAUGAAUUCGAUGGUUUGGUGUUUCAAUUUCGUUAAUUUCACUGAUAAUUGUUGGUCUUUUGGCUCUCUUGAGGUGAAUAUACUUCGCUAUGGUCGUGGGGGUAGUUUCCUUGACUUCAAUUAGCUUUUUUAUGUCGAAUGUUCUUGAGUUGUUUAAGGUGAUUUUUGAUUAAAUUCAGAAGGUCUUAUGUUUGUUAGAAUCUGUCUUUUAUUCAUUGUCCUUACUGAGGAAAUUUUUUUACUUGCAUUGAAAAGAAACAUAAUUUACCAAGAGGUUCUAUGUAACGAUGAUUUGUGGGUCGAUCUGUAUUUUAAAUAGUCGUUAAAAGUAGAAUUUUUGUUGUAUGUUUGAAAGGAAUAAUGGUUUGAGUAAGGAAGAAGAACAAGGUAGAUGCAUGAGUCUAUGUUACAUGAUGUCAUGACACAUGCUUUCUUUAUGAUAGAUGGCAAGAGCUUGGAACAUGAGCAUUGCAAUGGUUCAUAGGGAUAUAGAGAGGGAUUGGGGAGAUCAAUGUGGAUAUUGUUUUUAUUAUUAAUGGAGAUUCAUGGGAACGAUCUGGAGAAAUAUAUAUAUUUCAAUAUUUUAAAUAGCUUUUGGAGCAUAUUGGAGCAAAUAAGCAUUUGGAGCUUGUGGAGCACUGCUCUGACCCAGGAUUGCUCUCACUUGGUUUGCUUCAUAUAUAUUUUGGUCUUACCAUGUUUUCUUUUUCUUUUCUUAUCAUCGUCUCAUUUUGAUGCUGGGGCUAUGUCGAAAGCUGUUUGAGUGGAGGUUCUUUGUCUAUAGCAGUAAAUUUUGAUCCUUUAUUUAUUUCGUUUCCUUUUUAUUCUCAUGUGCAGUUUCCCCUUUUUAACCUUUGCAAACAAUGAGUGGGCGAUUUUCUCGGUCAAUCUAUGUUGGUAACUUGCCCGGUGACAUUAGGGAACAUGAGAUUGAAGAUAUCUUUUACAAGUAUGGCCGCAUUGUCGAUAUUGAAUUGAAGGUUCCACCUCGGCCUCCAUGUUAUUGCUUUGUUGAGUUUGAGCAUUCUCGGGAUGCUGAAGAUGCCAUCAAGGGCCGUGAUGGCUAUAAUUUGGAUGGCUGUCGCUUGAGGGUUGAGCUUGCACAUGGUGGUCGAGGACAGUCUUCAAGUGAUCGUCGUGGUGGCUACGGUGGUGGUGGCAGCGGCUAUGGUGGUGGAGGUGGUGGUGGUGGAUCAGCUCGGUUUGGCGUCUCACGACACUCUGAAUUCCGAGUUAUUGUACGUGGGCUCCCAUCAUCUGCUUCAUGGCAAGAUUUGAAGGAUCAUAUGCGGAAAGCUGGUGAUGUGUGCUUUGCUGAGGUGACUCGAGACAGUGAUGGAACUUAUGGUGUUGUCGACUACACCAAUUAUGAUGACAUGAAGUAUGCAAUAAGGAAACUUGAUGACACAGAGUUCAGAAACCCCUGGGCUAGAGGUUUUAUCCGGGUUAAGAAAUAUGAAAGCUCCCGAUCAAGAAGCAGAAGCCCAAGCAGAAGCAGAAGCAGAAGCAGAAGUCGAAGUCGUAGCCGAGGCCGUGGUCGCAGCCAUAGCCGCAGUCGCAGCCUUAGCAGGAGCAAGAGCCCAAGGAAGGAUCUGAGUAAAUCACCAAGGCGAUCCCUUUCCAGAUCGAUUUCAAAAUCUAGAUCGCCAUCGCCCGACAAGAAGAAGAGUCCCCCCAGGGCAAUGUCGAGAUCAAAGUCCAGGUCCAGGUCCAGAUCGAGGUCUCCGUCCAAAUCUCCUCCCAAGGUUCGCGAAGGCAGUGUGUGAUUUUGUUAAGCGGUGAAAAUGGCCAAAAGAAAGAGUGCGAAAAAUUCUCAAGUCAAGAUCCAUUCUCUGUGUUUUUUUUUUUGCUGUUUUCGGAUAAUUGACAUUUUCUGCUGUUCUCUGCUUCUUUACUCACAAAUGAUCAUCUUUAUACUAUUAUGACCUGUUAUGUUAUGGAUGUUUCCGUGACCAUCACAAUACCUCUGAGUUUUGUAUUGUUAGUCCUGUUCUUGUUUAAACCCUAUGAAGUCUUAGCGAACCUGGAUCUCUCAUCUAAAUUAUCAAAUAUUUAACUGAUUUGUAUGAAAUGGGCAUAAUAUUAAAGAAA